AUGACAGUUUCUUACAAUUAUGACGUUUGUUCAGCAUCUGUAACAGGUUUUAUCCGUUUGCUGUUCCGUUGGAAAGGAAGCAUUUGGAAAUGCGUUUUUAAGGAAUUGUUCAUUUGGACGAUACUCUACUCUAUGGUUUCGUUCAUGUACCGCACUCCAUAUAUCCUUACCGAAUCGCAAAAAGUAACUUUCGAAGAUACAGCGAAUUAUCUCGAGAAAUAUUUAAAAAAGAUAAACAUAACGUUUAUUCUUGGUUUUUUUGUUUCAACUGUUGCAACUCGUUGGACGAGCAUUCUGCAAAAUAUGGGUUUUAUUGAGAGCAACGCUUUGUUUAUAAGCAGUUACAUAAACGGUGACGACGAUGAAACCCGAAUGAUCCGAAGAGCAAUUCUUCGAUACUUAUGCCUUUCACAAAUAUUGGUCUACCGAGACAUCAGUCUCAGUGUGAGAAAACGAUUUCCAACUAUGGAUAGUCUAAUUAAAGCUGGCUACCUUUUGGAACACGAAAGAGCAAAAAUGGAGGAUUACAAUUUGGCUUUUAACAAGUACUGGGUGCCUAUCAAUUGGGCCGCAACCUUAGUGUUCACAGCAAGAAAAAGCGGCCGAAUAACUGGCGACAUUCUAGUUAACAAAUUAAUGGAUGAAAUUAAAGUGUUCCGCAAUAAUCUUCAGAUGUUAUGCAACUACGACUGGGUACCAAUCCCAUUAGUCUAUCCGCAAGUAAUACUGAUCGCUGUCUACUUUUACUUUGCAGUUUGCCUGGUCACACGCCAGUUUAUCAUGACUACUCGUAAUAUUCCUAUUAAAAGUAACAUUGAUUUGUUCGUACCUGUAGUGACUAUGAUACAGUUCAUUUUCUUUGUUGGCUGGAUGAAAGUCGCAAUGGCGUUACUGAAUCCACUUGGAGAAGAUGACGAUGAUUUUGAGUGUAAUUAUUUAGCCAAUAAAAACUUAACGACAAGCUUACUGAUUGUUGACAAAUGUUGUGGAGAUGCUCCACCAGUAAAAGAAGACCAAUUUUAUGAAAGUGGAGUCGUUGAACCAUUAUAUCCAGAAUCAAGUGUUACAGAAGACCAUCCUCUGAUCGGUUCUGCUGCAAUGGCCAAGUGA